AUGGAAGAUAUUGAUCUAGCUAUAACUAUUGCAUGGGCUCUAUGGUAUAAUAGAAAUGAAGUGAUUCAUGGGAAGCCGAGGAAGGCAGGUCUGAAGUUGGUUGACUGGUGUAAGAACUACCUAGAUGAAUAUUGGUCAGCAAACAGAACAUCAGUGAAUCCACCAGCUCAUUUGGAAGUAGCUUGGUCUCCUUCUAAUUUUCCUUCUUAUAAAGUUAAUGUGGAUGCUGCAAGGUUUAUGGCUCAAAAGGCUGUAGGUUUAAGCAAGAAAUUCCAUGCUCCACUGGGGAUUAUCGAAGCUGAAGCAAAGGCAUUUGAAGCCGGUAUAAUCUUUGCUAAGGAGGUGGGAAUCAGAGACUUGGUUUUAGAUGGGCUCAAAGACUUGGUUUUAGAAGGGGACUCAUUGUUUGUUGUACAGGCUCUAAAGCAAGUUUCGAAUGCUCCAUCAACUGUUUCUAGUCUGAUAUAUGGGAUGCUAGCUGAAUGUAAUGAGUUUAGGAAAGUGUCUUUCUAUCAUGUUAAAAGGCAAGGCAACAAGCCUGCUCAUUUACUAGCAAAACAAGCUCUUGACUUGGAUGAUUUUUCUGCUUGGAUUGAAGAGUGUUCUUAUUUUUUAGAACAAAUUCUUGUCCAUGAUGAUGUAUCUGUUUCUUUAUCUUCAUAA